CCAGAACAAUUCUAGGAAGAAAAUUUCCUGAGGUGCCAGGUGUUCCCAGGGUCUGUCUCCCCCACUCAGGACACAGGUGGUACCGCCCGGAAGUCCGGGCGGAGACUGCGGCUGCGCUCCUCGCGAAGGGGCAGCCGCCGCGAAGCUGGCCGCUUCCGCACUUCCGCUUUCCGGCCCAGCCAGCGCCCGCGAUGACUGCCACUCUCCGCCCCUACCUGAGUGCCGUGCGGGCCACACUGCAGGCUGCCCUCUGCCUGGAGAACUUCUCCUCUCAGGUCGUGGAACGACACAACAAGCCUGAAGUGGAAGUCAGGAGUAGCAAAGAACUCCUGUUACAGCCCGUGACCAUCAGCAGAAAUGAGAAGGAAAAGGUUCUCAUUGAGGGCUCCAUCAACUCUGUCCGGGUCAGCAUCGCUGUGAAACAGGCUGAUGAGAUUGAGAAGAUUUUAUGUCACAAGUUCAUGCGCUUCAUGAUGAUGCGAGCAGAGAACUUCUUUAUCCUUCGAAGGAAACCAGUAGAGGGGUAUGACAUUAGUUUUCUGAUCACCAACUUCCACACAGAGCAAAUGUACAAACACAAGUUGGUGGACUUUGUGAUCCACUUCAUGGAGGAGAUCGACAAGGAGAUCAGUGAGAUGAAGCUGUCAGUCAAUGCCCGUGCACGCAUCGUGGCUGAGGAGUUCCUCAAGAAUUUUUAAACCAUCUGGCUGGAUCUCGUGGCCUUCCUCCCACACUCCCCCGUGUCUCUGCGAAGGCGUCCUGGAGUCACUCCCCAGAGCAGCGGCGGCGGGGAGCUGGUUGGGGUGGGCAUUAGAUGUGGGAGGGGGGUGGUGUGCUUGCUAGCUGGGCAAGAAAGCAGCGGUGGACCUGCCCCAAGGCCACACGUGCCUGGUCAGGCUGGCUUCUGAUGUUCAGUCCCCUGGGCUGGGACGGAUUUUUUUUUGAUGUCUUGGAACUUAAACUCUGUGCUUGUAGGAGAUUGUAGCUUUUUUGUCUUUUUUUUUUUAAACAAGCAGCCUCCAGUGACUGUGACUGGUCCCAGUAAUUGUACCUUAUUGGUCGCUGUGGGUCUGGGCAGGCCUGGAGCCAGAAGGCGACUACCUUUCCUCCCCCAUGCCACCCCAGGUCGGAGGGAAGGAGGUUCAUACUCCAGUUCCUUUCCCGGGCCCUUUUAUUCCCAAGCCUCCUUGGGCCCAGCAUAAGUGGUGGGAACCCUCUUCCAGCUUCCUGAGCUCUGCCUGAAGAUAGCCACCGAGCACUGGUUGGGGACAAGGGCUGAAUCGGUGACCACCAGUCAUACCUAGGAGCUGGGGCUCAAAAGCCAGUUGACCUCUGGCUUUAGGGGCCAUUUGGUGCCCUCCCAGCUGAGGGAGGCCACUGUUUCGCCUUGUCUGUCAGUGCAGUGCCUGCACCAGAGGUGGAGAGGUGAGUCCUCCAGAGCGUCCUGGCCAGGCCCUCCUCCUGCCUGCUCUGGCUCUUCUGCUCCCACGCUCGCUGUCCCUUUUCUGAUUCUGGUGGACCUCCUUCCCCCAAUUAAAGUCUUUUCUUGCCCCUUUGGGGCUGCAUGA